UUAAGACAUUAAUAAUGUAUCUAUGUUAAGCAUUUAAUUUUUUUCGCAUUUUUUUUAAAGUUUGGUAAAGAACUUUCAUAUUAUUUAUAACUAGCGGUCCGCCCCGGCUUCGCCCGUGGUACAUAUUUCGCAAUAAAAGGCAAAUCCAGACCUAAUGAUUCGUCAAGGGAGUAUCGAUGACAUAAAUGCUCAGCAGUUCCUAAAGAUAGCAAAUUAUGAAGACACUGUUAGACAAUUAGAUAUUUAUUAUGCUAUUGUUAAAAGACAACUUUUAAGAUUCCAAAGCCCAAUCACAGGGUUAUUCCCAGUACUUUCAUCAGAUUUACAUGUUGGAAGUGUAAGAGACAGCAUUUAUUGUGCAUCUGCAGUAUGGGGUCUCUAUCAGGCAUACAGACGAAUAGACGAUGACAGAGGGAAAUCUCAUGAACUGGGACAAAGCACAGUUAAAUGUAUGCGCGGUAUAUUAGAAUGUUGGAUAAAACAAGCAGCAAGGGUUGAAGCAUUCAAGACAAGACAGAGUGCAGCUCACGCACUACAUGUUAAAUUCCAUUUGACAACUGGAGAGCCUGUGCUUAGCGAUGAUCAGUACCAUCACCUUCAGAUUGAUGUUGUUUCUUUGUAUUUGCUGUUUCUGGUACAAAUGAUCACAUCUGGCCUGCAGAUUAUUUAUACACAGGAUGAAGUAGCAUUUGUACAGAAUUUAGUGUACUAUGUGGAAAGAGCAUACAGAACACCAGAUUAUGGAAUGUGGGAAAGAGGCUCCAAAUACAAUGAUGGAAAGCCAGAAAUACAUGCUUCUUCUAUAGGUAUGGCUAAGGCGGCUUUAGAAGCAAUCAAUGGUUGCAAUUUGUUUGGAGACAAAGGCGCGUCCUGGAGUGUGGUGUACGUGGAUAUUGACGCACAUAAUCGAAACAGAAGUAUUUUUGAAACCAUGCUACCUCGUGAAUCAAGUUCCAAGGGAGUUGAUGCGGCUCUCCUCCCUACAAUAUCGUUUCCCGCAUUCGCCACCCAUGAAGAAAUCUUAGUGCAAUUAACAAAAUCAAACCUCUUAAAUCGAUUGAAAGGCAAAUACGGUUUUAAAAGAUUCAGCCGAGAUGGAUUUAAGAGUGCACUAGAGGAUCCAAAUAGACGAUAUUAUAACGAGGGAGAACUUAAGGAGUUUGAUGGUAUUGAGUCAGAAUGGCCGUUAUUCUAUGUGAUGAUGAUAAUCGAUGGAGUGUUCCGGACUCUGCCUGAACAAGUAGAAGAGUAUCAGAGGUUGUUGAAAACGAGAAUUUAUAUGGAUGAGUUUGGAGAUCCAGUAAUUCCAUGGUACUAUUAUGUACCAAAGGAAGGAAUAGAAAAUGAACGCACCGAACCUUAUUCAGUUCGAAGACUUCCUGCGAACCAACCCGGUGAUAGCGAAAAUAAAGAUACCGGUGGUCUGUUCCUAUGGGCGCAGUCGUUAUUUGUAUUGGCUCAAUUACUAACGGGCGGUUUACUGCACGUCAAUGAACUGGAUCCUAUUCGGCGAUACUUACCUUCUUACAACCGACCCCGUCGAGCCGGGAGGUAUUCGGCUUUUCAGGGUAUUGCAACAGAUCUUGUGGUACAAGUUGUUUUAAUAGCAGAGUCAAUGAGACUUCAAGCCAUGAUGGGCACUUACGGUAUACAGACUCAAACGCCGCACGAAGUUGAACCAGUCCAGAUUUGUAGUUCUACCCAAUUAGUACAUGUUUACCGAGAGCUAGGAGUUUGUGGCAAAUUAAAACUGACAGGUCGACCAAUCAGACCUGUCGGAUCAUUAGGAACCAGUAAAAUUUACAGAGUCUGCGGAAUGACGGUAUUAUGCUAUCCGCUAAUAUUUGAAGUGUCUGAAUUUUACCUGUACCGAGACAUGGCGUUGUUGAUCGAUGACAUCAAGACAGAAUUACAGUUUGUCGGAAAAUACUGGCGACUAUCCGGUCGUCCAACCGUCUGUCUGUUAGUGCGCGAGGAGCACAUGCGGGACCCGCACUUCAAGCAGAUGCUCGACCUGCUCGCUAUGCUGAAGAAGGGCCACUGCGACGGGGUCAAAGUGCGCUUGGGAAGAUUGCAGAAUCUCAUCUCUAGUUCUUGUAUUGAGCAUCUCGACUUCAUGAGCCAAGGCGAGUUCCCGUCAGAAAUGUUCACGCAGUUCAAGCAACUCCAACACGACUACAUCGGCUACCAGUCACUAACUGACGUGCCACGAACACUCACGUACCGCGAACAAAGUGUUAACUUCGAAGCUUACAAGCACAGAGCUACACAUGACGUGGUAUCGGCGUUGCGGGGCACAGAUAAUAUAUUCGCGCAGUCGCAGCUGUGGGGCAUCCUGAUGGAUAGAGAGGGGCCGAUGUACGAGGUGAACGGUGUGAAUGCUCUAGAGUCGCUCAAGAGCCUGUACCACAGCGCGGGUGUGUUGCGACACUGGAAGGCGGUGCGGUAUUGCUCCUCUCUGCUCAAUCAUACUGUGGACUCUAUAAGCCCAUUUAUAACCACUGUUUUGGUCAAUGGGAAACAGCUCACGGUAGGUGUGAUUGGUCAGAAAGAGACAGUGUUCGACAAACCAAUGACGCCCGGUGAAAUACAAUCUGUUAUGUAUAGCACUAUUCAACCUUACGAUGUUAUUGGCGCCGUAUUACAACAGGAAAUAGUAUUAUACUGUGGACGACUAAUAGGCACAAAUCCGGACAUGUUUCGAGGCAUUCUCAAAAUCCGAGUCGGUUGGGUUCUCGAAGCUAUUCGGAUUUAUCUAGAGAUAUUUCCUAAUGAGAAAAGAGCAGAUGCCACAUUGGAAAGUUUGUCGCCAUACAAAUUGCGUACUCUUCUACAAAAAGUUCUAACUGUUUCUGAUUGGGCUGAUGAAAAAGGAUUAACGCCUCUACAACGCCGUCAGCUCGAAGGUUGCCUUUGUCGAGUUCCAAAACACUUCUAUGUACAGGUCUGGGAUAUUCUUCUACGAACACCCAAGGGAAUCAUUGUACAAGGUCAUGCAAUCCCCGCCCAGCCAACUCUAGUCAAUAUGUCCCGUUCGGAGUUAUCAUUCGCGUUACUCGUAGAGGAAGCGUUAGUUCGCAUCGCGUCCGCGGCGCGGCGCCAGCUCUGUGUAGAACUACUCUGUGUGUUUGCUACAAUAUUGCGACGUAAUCCCGAGUUGUAUAUGCAGCAGCCUCUGGAUCUUGACAAAUUGUUAGAUGACGCACACUCUACGUAUGCUAAGGAUAGCGGGCAACCAGAAACGUCGUGUAUGCUAGCGGGCGCACCGGCCGGUGUGACGCUGGGCUAUCUCGCGAGAGCGGUCGUAAACAGCGUGCUACAAACCGCCGCGCCGCAUCUCGACACCGCACAGCCUACAGCACAUGACACCUGUCUCAUUACAUAAGGAAUAGUUAACAUUGUCAGUGUUGAAUUGAUUGCGUUCUGUUGAUUUGGUUUUGAUGCAAAAUUAUUAUUAUUGCAAAACAUCUUGCUCGCUAUCAGACUUGAAGUCAGGAAUAAUAGCGCACGCGGACGUCAAAGGCGUGCUGCAAACCGCCGCGGCCGCACUGCUUAGUGCUUACCGUCGCCGCACACGAACCACGGGCCACAGCCACAAACGCCGCCACGCGAAGCUAGAAGCGUGUAGCGUGUGGCCGCCACAGGCGUCAACCGUGUGCGGCGAGUCCAUAUAAAAUGUAUGAAAAGUGCAGGAAAUAUGCCGGUGGCAGCGUUUUGUGGCCGGUGGCCGUUGGCCCGUGUGCGGUAGCCCUAACGGCACAUGACUCUUGCCUCAUUAUACCUAAACACGAUUUGUGAAAAAAAUAAAUAACUAAAAUGUUUGUUUAAUAAUGUA